AUGACGACGACGACUCAACACCCCCCCUGCACUGAGCAGGCAACCCUGGUUUGGGCUCUCCCGAGCCUUUCCAACCUUCCCCGGGGGGUUCUAGGCACUGGAGGGUCGGCGCUGGGACCUAGGAGGCGCUUCCGACUGGCGCGCUCGCCUUCUCCGCCGGGUCCAUCUGCUGGGUCCGUGCGCCUCCCGGAUGCCCGGCUCCGACCAGCCCGGCUCUUUUGUUCUGCAGCGGCCGGGCGGCGAGAGGUUUCCCACCGGACGCUCAUCUCCCCACCCACCGCCGGCCCAUUGAAACCUUCAGUUGCCGCAGAUCACAAUGCAAAACAGGUAAUAGCCGCUGCCUAUGCCUCCUGGUUUGGGUGGGUAGCUCUCUCCCUCGCCCCCUGCUCCCCCUUCCUGCCCAGCCUAGAUCACAAAUGGGGCGGGCGGGGAAAGCUUUGCAGCUCCGGGCGCUUCUCUGCAGGCUGGGGGCGCAAGGAGGAAGGGAGGGAGCAGGACCCUCGAUCUGCGAGGUGGGCGAGAGAUGGUUUGCAUUGCAACGGGUCUGCUCCCUUUAAGCGAGACUUGUUUGCGUUUAAGGGAUCGGGGUCGAGCCGGGGAUUGUUGUGAUGAAGAUGAUUUUAACGCAAAUGGUUCUUGUAACGCUCUCCUCCCCCUCUUACCGUUCCCUAUCCAAGGGGAAUUCCAGCUCCCUUAGAAGCCCCUUCUGUUUAUUUAUUAUUAUUAUUUUUUAAAUAAUCCCAAAUGCCUUCGGGCUGGCUCGUGAUGGGAGUGAGGGAAGGGCACUCAGCACAUGCCCAGAGGUGCCCUCUUCCCUAUAGUCGAGGAAAAUCAGCCCAAAAACAAAACACAAAAGAGGGGAGCACUCAGGAUCGUUCUAGAAUCUGUCGCUAGAUUCUGGAAGAUUCAUUGGCCCAAGGCUGCCAAAGUCUCAGUUCAGAUUAAGCAACGAAGCUGGUUCUUAUGUUAUGGCUGUGACAGUGACUUGGUCACAGGAAUUUGGCUGAAAGAUUGUGCUUGGCUCCCUUUUAUCCAGUGUUAACAAUCUGUAGGAUUGGUGGAUUGUGGAAAUGAAAUGAAUUGGAUGUUGCUGAUGGGGGAAUCUCUUUUCCUAAUUCAAAUUGACAGCAACAUGGUGAAUUUAUACUCUCCCUAUUCAUCUUUUCUUUUCCCCCUUAACAUUUCCAGUAGUGGAUGCUGUUGGACUUUAGCAUUUGUUUGUUUGUUUAGAAAAGUGCAAAAGAGCUGGAUUUGGCAACUUGAUGCAUAGCAUGAUAGCUUUAAAAUGAAUCAACCAGGGUUGUUUUUAAAAAGUAUUUCUCAAAGUUAAAUUUUGAAAGUAGGGUUAGAAAAUGGUCAGAAUUCCAACGCAAACCACUGAAACAUUGCCAAGCUUCAGAUCUGUGCAAAAUGUAAUUGCCGUUCUAGUCGGUUCUAUUUUGUAUUUCAACAUAUUUCUGUAGAACUGGACGAGCAGCAUCUGGAGAAAGUAUUUGCAAAGAGGCUGGGAGACUGCUCUUUAUCAGCAGAUACCAGUUAAAAAUGUAUUAAUAUUCUGCUUAGGCUGUUUUCUAGGGCUGUAUGGAAAUGGGUUCCAGAGCAGAACAGACUCAACUCUGAGUCCUGCAUUAUAGCUGUGCCAAGAGAUACCUGCUAGGUUUGUCUCCUGGUAAUACAGAUCUACAUCUAAGUAAUGGCAAGAGGUAAUUCCCAGCAGAUAAGCAAGUGAGUUUCUGCAGCUGACAUCUGCUAUAUCUUGGGGAUAGAUGGCAACCCCCAAGGAGCCCUGGGAAUUACAUAGUUUGUGCGAACUAUGUUUAGGGUACAUAUUCAAAUGUCCUAAGCGUUCCUCCUUAACGUCUGUAAACAAGUCUGCUCUACUUGCAAAAGCGUGAUGCACAUUGCAGAAUUGCAAUAAGGGAUAUAAGGCAAGGGUCACACAUAGAAUUGCAAUCUCCUUCUUUCUAUCCUUGCCUCAGAGUCAAAGCCCCCACCUCCUAUGCAUGAUCAAACUUGGUUUCUUCUCAGUUAUCUGGAAUAGCUACCCAGUCUGCAUCCUUGGAAUGGCUAAUUCAGUUUAGAAUUCCCACUUCACUCAUGAGUGCAUAUUGAAAGCUGGAGGAAAACUGCACGCUUGAUCUGUCCUGGGUAUGGCAGGAUGGUUAAAAUUAGAUUAUUGGUGUUAACAGAUCUUAAGUAUGAGUAGUACAGACCCUCUUGCUGAUGCAGUGCAUGUUCAUAUAUGAAGUUAGGGUGCACUCGCAUGCAAAAGUCAUUAAUGUACAGUGAAUAACUGUACACACAGUUAUUCACAGAUGUAAAAUGCAUGUCUUUGUGUAUAUGUUUUUGCUCACAGAUACCUUGUAGACAUAUGCACGUUUGCAUUCCCAUCCACAAGGGAAGAUAUUAUCUGCAAGACUCUCUUAAGACCAAUUUAGACUGUGCACAUGUGCAGACACUGUGCACCAUUAUAUCCAUGCUCGAGUGUGUAGUCACACCCACAAUUCAGUGUAUAUUUUAAAAGAACUGCACACACGGUUAGAGAUUCAGGUAAGUGUGCACAGAGUGCACAUAUACACUUAGGGUUUCUUUUAAAUGUUUUAGAUUUCAGCCCACUUUGGAGGAGGCAUUAACUGGUGAGGAGACUGGGGAAUUGAAAUCUCAUUCAUAGUUUAUGUAACUUGAGGGUUAACCCUGCUGAGUUCAAAAGGAAUCACUUCCGUAAAUGUUUCACUCUUGAUCUCUAAGGUGCCCCAGUGCUUUUUGCCACUGUAAUUUAAGGCGCCUAGGGUACUAGCCAACGAAGUCAUACUCCGAGUAGACCCACAGAAAUCAGUGGGCCUACGCUGAGUGUGGCUCAGGUGGCUAUCACCCCAUGUCUUUUGGAAUGAAUACUUGGAUGUAUUCUCGGGGUCUGAAAUGCAAAGAUGGUAGUGGCGCUUAUACUUUUGCAGAAGACCAAAUGCAUUGCUGGGGUGGCGGGGUCUUCCUGGUGGGCUUCUCUGUGGUUCUCACUGUUCUCCCGUCUCCGCAGCGAUGUCCCUGUAGCUGA